GCAUGUAAUAUGGACUUCAGUCGGUUCCCGUUGGACACACAGACCUGCACGUUAGAGCUGGAGAGCUAGUCUCAGCAAACAGUGGUUCAUGUGCUAUGCGUCCAGAUGCUUACACUGAUGAAGACCUGAUGCUCUACUGGAAGAGUGGAGAUGAAUCACUGAGCACAGAUGACAAGCUCUCACUGUCUCAGUUUCUCAUUCAGAAGUUUCAUACCACCUCCAGACUGGCCUUCUACAGCAGCACAGGCUGGUACAAUCGUCUUUACAUCAACUUCACUCUGCGUCGUCAUAUCUUCUUCUUCCUGCUUCAGACGUACUUUCCCGCCACUCUGAUGGUCAUAUUGUCAUGGGUGUCCUUCUGGAUCGACUGUCGAGCUGUUCCUGCACGAGUCUCGUUAGGCAUCACGACGGUGCUCACCAUGUCCACCAUCAUCACUGGAGUGAACGCCUCCAUGCCCAGAGUCUCCUACAUCAAAGCCGUGGACAUUUACCUGUGGGUCAGCUUCGUCUUUGUCUUUUUAUCGGUACUUGAGUAUGCUGCCAUAAACUACCUGACCACAGUGCAUGAUGGGACAGAUCGCAAAUCAAAGGAGAAGCCUUUACCCUGCACAUGUGACAUAUCCCACGCAAGGACUAUGAUUCUGGAUGAAGCGUGCAGUAAGCCUGAUGCCAAUAGCCUGGCAGGAUAUACCCAGGCCCCUGGCUCCGCUGAAGAGGCUGCAGAUAAACAGGACCACAUGGUGGUGUGCCUGUCUUUGGCAAAUGAGGCCACAGGAGCCAAGAGGAAGACCCUUCGAGGCCUCCGUAUCAUCCAAAACACUCAUGUCAUUGAUGCCUACUCUCGCAUGAUCUUCCCAGGGGCCUUUAUAUUCUUCAAUCUGAUCUAUUGGUCUGUAUACUGCUGAACUGCUUUGCAAAGAGAUUGUGGUCGUAACAUAUUGAAAUACAUACAUAUUAAAGGUGCACU